UCCGACAUUUCACCCAGCAGCUAUUCAAGAUGUUGUCUAGAUAUUUGCACUUCCUUUCACUGGCCCUAGCUGGCACCGUGGCUGCAGACCCUGCAGCCAGGUCCAGCAGAUCAACAUCAGUCACGCAUACUUCAACGGCCUCGGCUGAUGUAGCAUCCGCUGCUGCCACAGCUUUGACAGAGUCGUCAACCUCCAAUGUGAAGGGACAGGCCUUCGACCGGCUCCUGACUAUCUAUCUUGAGACUACUGCGUAUGAGAAUGCUAUUGCUGACCCCGAUUGCCAAGCUCUUAUCGAGAAGGGGAUCCUGCACACAAACACGUACGGAGUUGGCGCUCCUAGCCAGCCUAACUACAUCGCCCCGGGCAGCGGGGAUACUUUUGGGUUGAAUAGCGACAGCUUCAUUCUUGUCGACAAGAAUGUUUCUACGGUCAUUGAUCUGCUGGAAGACAAAAAGAUCAGCUGGAGUGAUUACAAUGAAGGUUUGCCGUAUACCGGAUUUGAAGGUUUUGCAUACUCGAACCCUAUUGAAGGCAACUAUGAGAGGAAGCACAAUCUUCUGGCUCGAUUUGAUUCCAUCAGGCUCAAUCCUCAUCGCAUAUCGAGGGUCAAGAAUCUCACACUAUUCUAUCAAGACCUAGAAGACGAGCUUCUCCCGCAGUGGAGUUUUGUAACACCCAAUCUUUACAACGACGGUCACGAUACCAACAUCUCAGUCUCCUGCAACUGGACUCGUUCCUUUGUUGAACCUCUGCUCAAUAACUCGUAUUUCAACGAUAACGCUCUGAUCUACAUCACAUGGCAAGCCAACGGUCAAGAGCCCACGGCUCGCAACCACGUCGCCGGCAUCUUGCUAGGCUCCGCGAUCCCUCAAAGUUUUGUCGGCACCAACGAUAGCGCAUAUUACAACCAUUACUCCGACAUCUCCACUGUUGAGGCAAACUGGAAGCUACAUCAUCUGGGCCGCUGGGACGUCGGAGCCAACGUCUGGGAUGUGGUUGGCAGGCUCACCGGAGACAAAAUCAGGCAAUGGGACGACACUAUUGCCGGCGGAAGUUUCGAAAGCUACUACUGGAAUCAAUCCUACGGAGGAGUAUUCAGCAGUGCUAACGACACUACUCACACCUACGUAGCACCGAAUGUUGAUCUGGUACACAAUGGUCGAACCAUCUUGCCUGCUAUCAAGGCCAAAUGGGGAAACAACUGUCGCGAUAGCACCAGCGAUGAUAACCAGGACGACGAUGACGAGUCUUACACAGAAGAAUACUACAAUCAGGAGUACGACGAAAAGUAUUACAAAGAAGAAUACUACAAUCAAGAGUACGAAGAACACUAUUACAAAGAGGAGUACUACAAUCAAGAGUACGACGAGGAUUCAUACAGUGAAGAGUACUACAACCAAGAGUAUCGUGACGGAGCCGACGAAGGUUACAACGGCAAUUCAGCAGAUAUGAGUCUAGAACAUGUGGAAUCAAAGAAGGGUCCAGGCCGGAAUCGCGAAGGCAGGAAAGAAGGUAACAGGGGCAGAAACAGGAUAUACUGUCUUCCAGAUUACUACAGAGACAUCAUCGAGCUACCGGACAACUUUCAUCCUCCGAAGGGUUUCGAAGUCCCCAUUCCUUUGGCCCCCGCACCUCCUAUCAAGACUCCCAUUAGGGUCUACCCCUAUGCGAACCCUCCUGCUAGCUAG